AUGUCGUCGAUUGUAUUGUCUACACCAUUGACUGCUGAAGAACAGCAGUUCUAUGGGAGGAAGUUCAGUGAAUUAGAUCCUGAACAGCUGGGAAUCGUAACAGGUGAGGCUAUUAGACCGUUAUUAGCGUCGUCGGGUCUGCCUUCUACUGUUCUAUCACAAGUUUGGGCAACUGUAGAUGUUAAUCAACAAGGUUUUUUAAAUUUCAAUGAAUUUAGUGCAACUCUGAGAAUUUUGGGACAUUUAGAGAAAAAUCAGAAUAUCCCAAUCUCAAAAGAGUUGUAUUCUGUUCCACCUUCUCCAUUGGCAUCGUUUGGCAGUGGAAUGACUCGUAAUGUAUCUGCUAUGUCUUCUGGUGGACCCGUGCCAAUUCCACCAAUCUCACAACAUGAUGUUAAUAAUUUAUCCGCUUUAUUCGAUAGAACAGCAAAUGGUGCUGCUACUUUGUCAGGUGCCGCCGCUAGAGAAAUUUUUGUUAAAGCACCAUUGGAUAAUCAAAUAUUAGGUAGGGUCUGGGCAUUGUGUGAUAGAAGUGAUAUCGGGUCGAUCACUAAAGUCGAAUUCUUGAUGGCAAUGCAUUUAAUAAAUUUAUCAAUCAGUAAAAGUCCUUCCGUCACCCCAUUCCCACAAUCCAUCCCUCAGGCAGCAUGGGAUUCAAUGCAAAGAUUGUUAAAUUCAUCUGUGUCAGCAGUGCCAACUACAAAUAGCUUUGCUGUUCAUUCCACUGGUGAUUCAUUGCCAAGCGCAACCUCUCCAACAAGCACUCAGAAUCAACUUCCACGUGGUGGUCUUCAAAGACAAUCUACAAUCAGUCGUUUAUCCUCUGGUGCUUUCACAAGUGCUCCAACUGACUGGCAACUUACUGCAGAAAAGAAACAGCAGUUCGAUACUCUAUUCGAUUCAUUGGAUAAAGCUAAAACAGGUAGACUGAGUUCCCAAAUACUGGUGCCAUUCUUCGUUUCUUCUAAAUUAAAUCAAGAUGUAUUAGCUACUAUCUGGGAUUUGGCCGAUAUACACAACAGUACUGAAUUUACAAAAAUUGAAUUUGCAAUUGCAAUGUUUUUAAUUCAAAAGAAGAACGCAGGUAUUGAAUUACCGGAUGUUAUUCCUGAUCAAUUGUUGCGUUCUCCAGCCUUGGGCUUAGUUCAAGCCCAGCAGCCUAUUCAACAACAGCAACCUGUACAACAACAACCUGUACAACAGUAUGUUCCAGAACAACAACGGGCUCAAGCACCACUUACUCAACCACAACAACAUAUGCAACCAUCAGCUCCGCUUCAGGAGACACAAAAUACAGGAUCUUUGAACGACCUUUUGGCAUUGAAUGAAUCCUUUAAUAGCCCAGUAAGAGCACAAAGCCAACCCCAGGUACAACAAAAUUUUGUUUCUCAAGAGCCAGUAAUCCAACCAUUCAAGAAAUUCACACCAACAUCAAAUUUUGGACAAAGCAUUAUAAAGGAAGAAGAUGAAAAUGAACUGUCAGCUCAACAACCUACUCAGCAGCAAUAUGUGCAGCAACCUGUGCAACAACCUGUGCAACAACCUGUGCAACAACCUGUGCAACAACCUGUGCAACAACCUGUGCAACAACCUGUGCAGCCUGUUCAAAAACUAUCUGUUCAGCAACCUGUUCAGCAACCUGUCCCAGUCCCUAUUCCAGUACAGACUCAAGCACAAACUCCACAGAGUACAGUUAAUCCAGGAUUUACUGAAUUUCAAAACAAAAGUGUAUCAGCUAGAAACACUUCAAAUUCGCUGCAAAGAGCUCCAUCUGUAUCUUUGAAAACCGUUCCAAACUUCGGUUCAUUUGGUGGUGCUGUAGGAGCCGCAGUUGGUGGUGCAGUUGGUGGUGCAGCUAUUGGAGCGGCUAACCUAAUGAGAUCUUCAGACUUAUUUGCUGAUUCAAAAUCAUCUCUAGAAUUAUCUAAUGCAACAACAGAGCUAGCUAACCUUUCUAACCAAGUUAAUUCGUUAAGUAAGCAAGCUGCUAUUACUAAUGAGAAAAAGAAUAAAGCUUCCCAGGAAUUGCGUACCUUAAACGAAACAAAAUUAAAGGUCGAAAACAGGAUAAACGCUUUACGUGCUGCUCAUGAACAAAACUCCAUGCAGACUCAAAAAUUAGAAGCAAGUCUAGCUCAAAUUAUGGCUGAAAAUGAACAGUUAGAAACAACUUUACAAGAAGUUACUUCUACUCAUACACAAUUACAAACUGAUGCUCAACUAUUAGAUGAGAAUUUAACUAAAACUCAAACACAAAAUAGCGAAUUAAAGGAACAAUUAGCCAAUUCAAAUAUCAUGUCUAAAUCUUUACAAGAGCAAUUGAGAUCCAAGCAAAUUGAAAUCAGAGAUGUAAAGGCAUCUGCAGAUGCAACUGUCAAAGACUUAGCGUUAGAUACCUUCACUGCAGCUAGUGUGGGACAUGAGUUAGCUUCUAUAACCGAAAAAUUAGCAGUAUAUCAGUCUAAACAAAAGGAAUUGGACGAUUAUGAAAGGACUAUUGAAUCGCAACAUGAAACUAUUGAAAAGAAAUUCAAAGAAUUGGAAGAGAAAAAGAAUGAUAUUGAAGCCAGAAAAUCGCAACUUCAAGAAAGAUUGAUUCAAGUUCAAGAACAAGAUGGUCUAUACCAACAACACGUUGCAAGUUUGGAUAUCAUGUCCAAUGAUUUGAAAAAGAGACAAGCCACAUUUGAUGAAGCUAACGAUAAUUUGAGACAACAAUAUUUAGAUUAUGUUCAAAGAGUUAAUGAUGUCAAAGAAAAAGGCUUGAAUCCAUCACAUAUGUUGGAUCAAAAUAGCCAUGACGAGGAAGUAUCGAAGUUUGUAGAUGAUUCUGUUGCUAACUCAAGUUUAGGUAAACAGGAUUUGAAUAAUGAGUCUCAUAUAAUAAAGACACCAGUCGAAAAAGAGAUUUCAGAUCAUAAAACAACUUCCACCAUAGUAGAACCUCUUCCUGGUGAUUGGGAGAUUCCAGACGCUCCAUCUCCAGUUGAAAAUUCUGUUCAGCCUGUUGUAGCGACGACUGGCGCAGUAUCUUCAGAUGAUGAUGAUGAUGAUGAUGAUGAUGAUGAUGAUAUUUUCCAAGAUACUAGAGAAGACUUCAUCAACUCUUAUGAGCUUGGUGAAAAUGAAGCAUUCGCUCUAGAAAAGGAUACCUUCAAUGACGAUUUCCUUGGUUUGGAGCAAACUAAUAUUGAAAAUGACGUUAACAAUGUAUUGGAAGAUACCCAUUCAGCAGAGUCUUUCGAAGACAUUGAUGCUGAUAACCUGUCACAGGAGUUAGAAAAUAAUGAUUUUACGACAUUUUCUGAUUUCGGUCCUACUUCUGUUGCAACACCAGUGGAUACAAAUGUUGCUGCACAACCAGGAAAUAAUGAAUGGGACGACCUGUUCACAGGCUUUGGUAAUGCCAAGCAGACCUCCAAUGCAAACACAGCUAAUCAACAACCUGUACAAGAGACUCAAAGAACUAUGGACAAUUCUCAACCAACAAUCGAUAGGGCUUUGGCUACAACUCCUAAGUCUUUAGCUAUGGAGGAAUUGUGUGGAAUGGGUUUUUCUCAAGAGGAAGCUAAAGCUGCCUUAGAAAAAACGGUUGGGACUUAG